GCACUUGGACAACCCGUCUUUACCUUUCAAUUAACGAAGAAAAUAUUGAAUUAUCUUUACAAUUUUUCACAUAUCAACUUGAAAUCAGCACUAUUGACCAUGGGAUCCGCAAUGUCUAUCUCACUCCGCGAGAAGGCAGUCCACUUCAAAGAUGGGCCGGACACGGUGGGCCACUUCUUUGAAGUCCAGACCCGUAAGAGUGGCAAAGACAAGACCCUGAAGCGCUACUCGCCAUGGAGGCGGAUUGUGAAGAAGAAGGGCUCCAAUAAGGUGCAGGCCCACGAGAACAUCAACCAAAACAACAUCACCCAUCUGAGUAACGAGAACCGGGAGAAGUCUCAGUCCUCCUCCAACUUGUCCACCCUCACCCUGGAGAAGUCUCAAUCCUGUGACAAGCUGUCCACCCAGUACCAGAGCACUCCAGCCAUUGCCAACAGCUCCAACAACGCCGCCUCGUCGGUCGAGAAGGCCCCCUUGACCAACUCCAACACGGCCCCCGACACGCCCCAAACGGUUAUCGCCCAGGACCUCGACACGCCCAAGAGGCUGGUGAUGGUCCACGCUACAACCGGCGAGCUGCUGCGCUGCCUGGGUGAGUUCCUGUGCCGGCGCUGCUACUAUAGCCUGACAUUUCAAAAUGGGAGGGAAGAGGAUUGGUUCAGUGAAUGGGUAGAGGGUGAGCUUUGAUGGGAAAAUAUGAUUUAUAGAUUUUAAGGGUUAAUAUGAGGGUUAAUUUGGCUUGAAAGAGAACACAAAUCGGUAGGUAUGAAUCUGUAGAGGACUGAGGCUGUAGCUUACUAUCUACUGUACCAGCUGACUGUCUGACGUGUGCACUGCCUACCACGGGAGGAUUGGAGGCACACGAGUGACUGUGCUAGUGCUCACAUCACACAGGCUGCAGCCUACCAGCCUACUGUUCUGACUGUGUGAGAUGUGCACUUUCUACCACGGGAGGGAAGGAGGCACCCUUGUGUGAGUGGGCUAGUGCUCAGAUCAUGGUUGAACAGACAAGCUGCAACCCUGCCGCUUUAGACUGUGAAGUGAACACCCAUGUUCCCCCACAGCAAGCACAGGACUGGACAGUUCUGGGGGA